AGCUCUCCUGCAAACAGGCUAUAAAUUGUCUUGAUUAUCCUCCCCAGCUGACAUUUUCUGUCCCUGCACCUCAUCUUUGUUUCUUUAUUAUCUACUCUUUUUUAGCUUCCCGGAUUUGGUUACCUGGAUUCAUACACCCUUUCUUUCUCUGAGAAUAGACAAGCUCUUACUAUUGUGUACUUCCAACACCCCCUGUCACAAUGGCUGACGGAGUCGCUACAAUGCGGGUCGAGGCCCCCGUUACCAUGAAGACCUACAUGAUGUGCGCCUUCGCUGCGUUUGGUGGUAUCUUCUUCGGUUACGAUUCGGGCUAUAUCAGUGGUGUCAUGGGCAUGAACUACUUCAUUCACCAAUUUACUGGAAAGGACCAGGCUACUACUCCCGCUGCUGAAUUUGUUAUUUCUUCCUCACACAAGUCCCUCAUCACCUCUAUUCUCUCCGCUGGUACCUUUUUUGGCGCUCUUAUUGCCGGUGAUCUUGCCGAUUGGUUUGGCCGUCGUACCACCAUUAUCAGUGGGUGCGGUAUCUUCAUGGUGGGUGUCAUCCUGCAGACUGCCUCCUCUGCCCUGGCUCUUCUCGUCGUUGGCCGUGUCAUUGCCGGAUUUGGUGUUGGAUUCGUUUCUGCCAUCAUUAUUCUCUACAUGUCCGAAAUUGCGCCCCGCAAGGUCCGUGGUGCCAUUGUCUCUGGCUACCAGUUCUGCGUCACCAUCGGUCUGAUGGUUGCCUCCUGCGUCGACUACGGUACUGAGAACCGCACCGACUCUGGCUCCUACCGUAUCCCCAUCGGCCUCCAGCUCCUUUGGGCCUUGAUCCUCGCUACUGGAUUGUUCUUCCUCCCCGAGUCUCCUCGUUACUUCGUCCGCAAGGGCGAUCUGGCCAAGGCCGCUGAGGUUCUCGCCCGUGUGCGUGAUCAGCCCCAGGACUCUCAGUACAUCAGGGAAGAGCUCGCGGAAAUCGUCGCCAACAACGAGUACGAAAUGCAGGCCAUUCCUCAAGGUGGUUACUUCUCCACCUGGAUCAGCUGCUUCCGCGGCAGCCUCUGGUCCCCCAACAGCAACCUGCGCCGUACCAUCCUGGGCACCUCUCUGCAGAUGAUGCAACAAUGGACUGGUGUCAACUUUGUCUUCUACUUCGGAACCACCUUCUUCAAGUCCCUCGGAACCAUUAACGAUCCCUUCCUGAUCAGCAUGAUCACCACCAUCGUCAACGUCUUCUCCACCCCCAUCUCUUUCUACGCCAUGGAGAAGGUGGGUCGUCGUCCUCUGCUCCUCUGGGGUGCUCUGGGCAUGGUCAUCUGCCAGUUCAUCGUCGCCAUUGUUGGUACUGUUGAUGGCAGCAACACCAAGGCUGUUAGCGCCCAGAUCUCCUUCAUCUGUAUUUACAUCUUCUUCUUCGCCUCUACCUGGGGUCCUGGUGCUUGGGUUGUUAUUGGCGAGAUCUUCCCUCUGCCCAUCCGUUCCCGUGGUGUCGCUCUGUCCACUGCUUCCAACUGGCUCUGGAACUGCAUCAUCGCCGUCAUCACUCCCUACAUGGUGGACACCGACAAGGGUAACCUGCAGUCCAAGGUGUUCUUCAUCUGGGGCUCCCUGUGUGCCUGCGCGUUUGUCUACACUUACUUCCUGAUCCCCGAGACCAAGGGUCUCACCCUGGAGCAGGUUGACAAGAUGAUGGAGGAAACCACCCCCCGUACAUCUGCCAAGUGGAAGCCUCACGGCACCUUUGCCACUGAUAUGGGUUUCGUCGACAAGGAGCUUGGCGUCAAGACUGUCGAGGACGUUGCCGCUCAGGCGUAAGCUAUAGGGUUCGCUGCUUCCUAAUGGAUGCAGAACCCGUUUAACCCUUAAUACCUCUUAUAUUCCUCUUUUACACCGAUAUGCGAUAUCCCAGAUACCACUAGCUAUGUAUUAUGUCCUGAUUAUUUUUACGCCUUACUAUAACUGAAACAUUAAUUUUAUGUACGUCUCAUGAGUUAAAUGCCUCCAGACCCUAGUAAA